AUGAACUCAUUAUCUCUCGAAUCUCUGACCAACGAGCUCUUUGAAUACGUCGUCUCCUAUUUACAACUGAACGACAUUAAGAAUCUUCGCCUCGCGAGCAGGUCAACAGCGUACAAGGGAACACAAGACACCUUCAGGUCCUUCUUCAGAGCUAAGCAUGUUGACCUUAUUAAAUCAGACUUGAGCUCGUUUGUCCGUUUGACAUCGCAUAAUGGGCUAGGCUGCCGCGUUGAGGACUUGACUCUCGUGGGCGUAGUGUACAACCCCUUUGCGCUGCAAAACAUUGUCAAGAACGGGUACAGGUAUGCUAGGAAGAAAGAGCUCGCCGAAAACCACCAGCUACAAGGCAGACGACUCUCGUGCACGGAAGUAGAGAUAAGCAAGGCCAGAGGCGAUCUCGAAACGAUGAACCGCCGUCAAGCGGAGGAUGAGGAUCUUCAAAGACAAGCGUCCGAUGUGCUCCUACUCAGGGAUGCGUUCACAAAUCUGGCUAUGCAGAAACGAAGUGGCUUGAGAAAACUAUCACUGGAGGUCAUGGUUUAUCGAGACGACAUGGCAACCAAACUUCCACCUUCGGACGUCAAAUGCUGGAAAUGGAUAAUCGAAGCUGCGUCGAGAGUUUUUCAGAUUACAUUUUCUUGCCUCCGUGACACACAAGUACCCAUCCAUCUUCUGGACAUCUUCCACAAGAAACCCGUCUCCCUGGCCUGCAGUAUGCCGUGCGAAACCCUGAGCCCGUUCGACUUCAACGUCCCGACCUUUGCGCCUGUAUUUUCCGGACUCAAGACCAUGCUCAUCAGCGUUUCCGACCCAAUUGUCUGUGGAGACGAGUACCAAGCUCAGGGCUGCGGCGACCCCGAGCAACAUCUCGACUUCGCUUUGGUAAACCAGAAGCGGGAUCUCGUUCCGUUGCGGGCUCGGAUUCAGGACGAGACGAGCUACAGUAACUUCACGAAGAUGCUGCAGCUUUGUCAGGAGCUGUUAGAGCUCGACCUAUCUGGCUACGUUCUACUUUCAACGGUCCACGACUUGGAAGAUAGGAAGGAGACGAUGAGAGCACAGUACAUGCACUACAUGUCGCGCAUGCCGCCUCUUCCUCAUCUGCGUAAAUUGCGACUAGCAGGCCUCCCCGUCAACGAUCACGAGCUGGUCAAUUUCCUCAAAAACCACAGCACCAGGCUAAGAGAUGUCGAGUUGAACAACGUGUCCAUCGAGAGAGGGUCCUUCAAGCCGGUGUUUUACUGCUUGACAGGCAAGCAUAUGAGCCUUGAAGUCAUUCACCUCGAAGAUCUCACGGAGAGGGAUCGAUUGCUCCAGUACGAAGGCGAGUUUGAGCAGAAGUUCACAAGAAUCAGUGGCGACUAUGCUCGGAGGAACGUGAUGCGACGGUGGGGAGAGGAUACGAAGAAGGAGAUCGAGUACUAUUUGUAUGAGGGGAGAUCGAUUGAUACGGGGAGGGUGAGGGUGUGGAGGCAGAGAAGGAAGCUGGAGUUUGGUGGGAGGUGA